AUGGGGCCCGAGUUCGAAAAGGGCCAUGCCCAGGAUGGCUCCUUAUUCUUUACGAAGCUGCAUCCGGAACUCAGACGCCAAAUCUUCAUCUAUCUCUUUGGAGAGUCAACCGUACACAUCAAGUUUCAUCAAGACAGGGAUCAGUUCAAACGCGAGGGCCGCCCUAAGCCGUCAAAGAUCCCUGGGUGGUGUCACUGUGUCUGCAGAAAAGGACGAGAAGCUCUUCCACAUCGACACUCAGAAAAAGACCACAAAUGGUGCUACCUUUCGGCGAAUGUUAUGUUCACCUGCAAGUGGGCCUUUCAGAGUGGCCUCCACGUACUCUAUGGUACCAAUCAGUUCAUGCUCGAUAAUCUUAAGGAUUAUGCCAUGUUCAGGCAAGUAUGCACCACAGAUCUUGAUACUCUGGAAAUAUGCUGA